GUCUUUGUGCGGUGCGACUCGCGGCGCGGAGCGACUCACCUCGCGUCUCACCUCACCUCGCUCCUCACCUCACCUCGCUACCCAGCCCGCUCCUCACCCAGCUCUACUCACCACAACAUGCGCUGGCGGUGAGGCGACCUGCCGGGGUUGCGGCGAUGGCGCGGGGGCCGGCGAUGCACGUGCUGCUCCUCUCUUGGCUGGCGGCGCUCGGCGUGGCGUGGCCCGCGGAGGUGGCCGGCUCCGCGGUUCCCCUGCGCCUCCAGUUCACGCGGCCCGUCUACAACGCCACCAUCUACGAGAACUCCGCCGUCAAAACGUACGUGGAGAGCCGCGAGAUGAUGGGCGUCCCGCUCGGCGAUGGCUCCUGGGACGUCAAGUACAAGGUCGUGUCCGGCGACGACGACCACUUCUUCAAGGUGGAGGAAUACACGGUGGGAGACUUCUGCUUCCUGCGAAUCCGAACCAAGGGCGGGAACGCGGCCAUGCUGAACCGCGAGGUGAGCGACCGGCACCUGCUCACGGUGAAGGCCACGGUGAGGAGCGAGAACCUGGAGGCCUGGACCAAGGUCCUCGUGCAGGUGCUGGACACCAACGACUUGCGCCCGCUCUUCUCUCCGACCUCGUACUCGGCGACCGUCGGGGAGAACGCCCCGCUGCGCACCACCGUCGCCAGGGUGACGGCCACGGACGCCGACGUCGGCACCAACGGCGAGUUCUACUUCAGCCUCGGGGAGAGGACGGACUUGUUCGCCGUCCACCCCACCACGGGCGUGGUGAUGCUCACGGGCCGCCUGGACCCCGAAGUCAGGGCGUACAACCUGGAGGUGCUGGCGGUCGACCGCGGCACGAAGCUGUACGGCAGCGGCGGCGCGAGCAGCGCGGCGCGCCUCACGGUCCGCGUCGAGCGCCGCAACGAGCACUCCCCCGCCGUGUCGGCCGCCGCCGCCCUCGCGCCGUCGUCCGCCGCCGCCGCCGCCGGGGGCGCCACCUACGCCGUGCUGACGGUGACGGACGAGGACGCGGGCCAGGCCGGGGAGAUCGCGUCGGUGGCCGUCGUGGCGGGCGACCCGCUCGGGGAGUUUCGUGUGGUGAAGGCGCCCGGGGCGCACGAGUACUGGAUCCAGGCGGACGGGGAGGUGGACUGGGACGGCCGCCCCCACGGGCGCAACCUCACCGUGCAGGCCAAGGAUCGCGGGCAGCCGCCGCGCUUCUCCCCGGGCAAGGUGGUAACCCUGCGGGGCCCCCGGGGUCACGGGCUCGACGCUCGCUUCGAGAAGAGCGAGCACAAGGUGCACCUGAGCGAGUUUGCGCCGCCGGGCAGCCAGGUUGCCCUCGUCCGGGCCGCGCCCCACAACCCGAAGCUCCGCUACCACUUGAAGGCGAGCAGCGACAGCGCCAGGUUCGAGAUCAACGCCCGCACCGGGCUCGUCACCUGCGCCGCCCCGCUCGACGUCCUGCGAGCGGAAGUCUUCGAGCUGGAGGUGACGACCAAUGCCGGGCUCGCUUCCGCGAGGGUCGUGGUCAAGGUGAAGGACGAGAACAACCACCUGCCGACGUUCAAGCACUCGUCGUACAAGGCGGUCGUCAACGAGAACGUCCCCGUGGGCAGCAGCGUCGUCAGGGUGCUCGCCACCGACCUGGACACCGGCGACAACGGCUACGUGACCUACAGCAUCGCCAAUCAGGAGCCGCUGCCCUUCUCCAUCGACCCCUUCACGGGGGUCAUCAGCACGGCCGACGAGCUGGACUACGAGGUGAUGUCGCGCGUCUACUCGCUGCGCGUGCGCGCCUCCGACUGGGGCUCGCCGUACCGCCACGAGGCGGAGACGCUGGUCACGGUCGCCGUCGGCAACCUCAACGACAACCGGCCGGCGUUCGAGCGCGUAGCCUGCGUCGGCACCGUCCCCCGGGACCUCGAGGUGGGUGAGCAUGUUGCCACGGUGUCGGCCAUCGACGCCGACGAGAUGCAGCUGAUCCGCUACGAGUUCGUUUCCGGAAACGAGCCGGACACGUUCGCGCUGGACCCGUCGUCAGGGGUGGUGUCGCUGCGGCGGCCGCUGACGGACGCGGCCGGCCACGGCAGCUACAGCCUGCGCAUCCGAGCCACCGAUGGAGAGAACGCCGCCGGACCCAUGUUCAUCAACCUCACCGUGGCCGGCGAAGGCGGCGUCCUGACCCUGCGGUGCCAGGAAACGGGCGCGGCCAAGGCGCUCGCCGAGAAGCUGCUGCGGACCGGCCGCUACCGGGGCGGCCGCCUCGACGCGGAGGCCUUCGGCGACGUCCACGGCGUGAACUGGCACGCGCCCGAGUUUGGCGAGGGGUUCCCGUCUCCGGUGAGCGUGCCCGAGGACCUGGCGGUGGGGGCCACGGUCGCCACGGUCACGGCCACGGACUCGGACAGCGGCUUCGACGGCAAGGUGGUGUACGUCAUCUCCGGUGGCAACGACCACAGCUGCUUCUCCAUCGAGGGCGACACGGGGCGCGUCAAAGUGCUCUUGCCCCUGGACCGGGAGCAGAGCGACGCUCACACGCUCAACAUCACGGCUUACGACCUCGGAAUUGUGCAAAAGUCAUCGUGGAGGCUUUUGCUGGUCAAGGUUUUGGAUGUGAACGACAACCCUCCCGAAUUCCUCCAGCCGGCGUACUCGGUCACGAUCCCUGAAAAUGCCGAGCAAGGAAAACAGGUCAUCCAGGUGGAAGCCGUGGACAGGGACGUCGGGGACAACGGGAGGGUGAGCUACCGUCUCCUCACCUACAACGAGCAGUUCGAGAUCGACGGCGAGAGCGGGGUGGUGCGGGUCGUGGGCCCUCUGGACAGGGAGACGGUGAGCGUCCACCACCUGACGGUGGAGGCGAGCGACCGCGCCGAGCUGGACCCGCGCCUCUCCUCCACGGCGACGGUGGCGGUCUUCCUGGAGGACGUCAACGACAAUCCGCCCGAGUUCGUGCCGCCGAACUCGAAGGUGCGCGUGCGCGAGGACCUGCCGCCGGGCACCGUGGUGGCGUGGCUGGAGACGCGCGACGCCGACCUGGGCGCGAACGGGCAAGCCCGCUACUCGCUGCCGGACGACGGCGACGGCGCCUUCGAGGUGGACAAGCUGUCGGGUGUCGUGCGGCUGGCACGCGAGCUCGACUUCGAGAGCCGCGAGCUCUACGACCUGACGGCGCGCGCCAAGGACAAGGGGCGGCCCGCGUCGCUCUCCGCCACGUGCUCGCUCGUCGUGGAGGUGGUGGACGUCAACGAGAACCUGCACGCCCCCGAGUUCCCGAGCUUUGUGGCCCGGGCGUCCGUGCGCGAGGACGUGGCGAUCGGCACCGAGGUGCUGACGGUGUCGGCGCGGGACGGCGACACCGGUCGGGACGGAGAGGUGCGCUACUCCGUCCGCGAUGGCAGCGGCCUGGGCGUGUUCUCCAUCCACCCCGAGACCGGCGUGAUCCGCACGGCAGAGCGGCUGGACGCGGAGACGCGGUCGCGCUACUGGCUCACCGUGUUCGCCGUGGACCGCGCGCUUGUGCCGCUCGCGUCCACGCUGCACGUCUUCGUCGAGGUGGAGGACGUCAACGACUGCGCGCCCCUCACCGAGGAGCCCAUGUACCGCCCCGCCGUGCCCGAGAACUCUCCCGCCGGCCUCGCCGUGCUGCAGGUCCGCGCCAGCGACGCGGACGCGGGCGGCGCCGCGCCGCUCUCCUUCCGCAUCUCCAGCGGCAACCCCCAGGGAUUCUUCUCCAUCGACGCCCGCACCGGUCUCAUCUCCACCACCGCACGCAAAUUGGACCGGGAGCAGCAGGCCGAGCACGUCAUGGAGGUGACGGUGUCGGACCAGGGCCCGUCCCCCCGCUCGUCGUCGGCGCGCGUGGCGGUGCGCGUCCUCGACGAGAAUGACAACCGCCCGGCGUUCUCGCAGCGCGUGUACCGCACGCGCCUUCCCGAGCGCGAGCGCAGCCGGCGCCGCGAGCCCGUGUACCGCGUGUUCGCCUCGGACGCCGACGAGGGCCCCAACGCCGACCUCUCCUACUACAUCGAGGGCGGCAACGAGGGCGGCCGCUUCUUCAUCGACCCCACCACCGGGGUCAUCUCCACGGCGCACCCCUUCCAGGCCGGCAGCCACGAGAUUCUCACGGUGAAGGCGGUGGACAACGGGCGGCCCCAGCAGGUGGCUCGUGCGCGCGUCCACAUGGAGUGGGUGAUGGUGCCGCGAGCGUCCAGCGAGCCGCUGAGAUUCGACGAGCCCGUCUUCAGCUUCACGGUGCUGGAGAGCGACGCGGUGAACCACAUGGUCGGCAUCGUGUCCGCGCAGCCCCAGGACGUGCCGCUCUGGUUCGCCAUCCUCGGCGGGAACGUGGACAGCCGCUUUGACGUGGAACGCGGCACGGGGACCCUGGUGGUGGCGAAGCCGCUGGACGCCGAGCAGAAGUCGCACUACAACUUGACGGUGGAAGUGACGGAUGGGACGCGCACCCUCGUCACGCAGAUCCACAUCAAAGUGAUCGACGUCAACGACCACCGGCCCGAGUUCUCCAGGCCUCUGUACAAGGCGAGCGUGCGUGAGGACGUGCCGCCCAACACGGAGGUGGCGCGCGUGUCGGCGUCGGACGGCGACGAGAAGGACCGCCUCAUCUACACGCUCUACGGCAGCGCGGAGCCCGCCAGCGCCCGCCUCUUCCGCCUCGACCCGGCCACGGGCGUGCUGUACACGGCCGAGCCGCUCGACCACGAGAGCCAGCACCGGCACACGCUCACCGUCAUGGUGCGCGACCAGGACGUCCAGACCAAGCGCAGCCUGGCGCGCGUGCUCAUCACCGUGCUGGACGCCAACGACCACGCGCCCGAGUUCACGCUGCGCACCUACCAGGGCCGCGUGUUCGAGUCGGCGCUGCCCGGCUCCGCCGUGUUGCAGGUCACAGCGCGCGACCGCGACACGGGCGACAACGCUCGCCUCUCGUACGCCAUCGAAUCCGGGAACACUGGCGGCGCCUUCAGCAUGGACCCCGCACUGGGCAUCGUGUCGGUGGCACGGGAGCUGGACCGCGCACGCCUCGCCCGCUACCGCCUGGUCGUGCGCGCCACGGACAACGGCGAGGGGCCGCUCGGCUCCACGGCCGACGUGGAGAUCGCGGUGACCGUGGCGAGCAACGCGCCGCCGCGCUUCACGCGACCCGUCUACGCCGGCGAGGUGGGCGAGGCGGCCCCGCCCGGCACGCUCGUCGCCGUGGUGUCGGCCUCGGGCCACUCGUCGGUCGUCUACGAGAUUCGCGACGGCAACUUCGGGGACGCGUUCGAGGUGAACCCCAACUCGGGCGCGGUGUUCACGCGCCGCGCCCUGAGCCACGCCGCGCGGCCCUCCUACCUCCUCGUCGUGCGGGCCGCCGACAUGGCGGGCGCGGCGGCCAACGCCUCGGUGUCGGUGCACGUGAGGGACGAGAACGACCGGCGGCCGACGUUCGCUCGCCCGAGCUACGGCGGCCUGGUGGCGGAGGACGCGCCGCCCGGCAGCGCGGUUCUCGACGAGACGGGCGCGCCGCUCGUGGUGCGCGCCGCCGACGGCGACGCCGGCCGCAACGCGCUGCUCUCGUUCCGCAUCGUGGAGCCCGCGGCGCGCCGCUACUUCGCCGUGGACGCCAGCACGGGGGCGGUGCGCACGGCCCGCGCCCUCGACCGAGAGGAGACGCACGCCUUCGCCUUCUCGGUGCAGGUGCGCGACGGCGGGAGCCCCCCGCUGCACGCCGAGACGCCCGCCCUCGUCACGGUGCUGCUGGUGGACGUCAACGACUCCCCGCCCGAGUUCACGAGCCCCGUGUACGACGCCACGCUGCUGCUGCCCGCGUACCGCGGCGUGGAGGUGCUGACCGUGUCCGCCGUGGACGCCGACACCUCGCCCAACGCCGACCUCGCUUACUUCAUCGCCGGCGGAAACGCGGCACAGAAGUUCGCCGUAGACCCGAGGAGCGGCGUCGUCACGGUGCAAAACCUCACGGCGCUCGAGAGGUUCUACGACCUGACCGUGCGCGUGACGGACGGGAAGUUCUCGUCCUCCGCCACGGUGAAGAUAUCCACGGCCGAGAGCAAGCCGAGCGGCCUGUCCUUCACGCGCGAAGUCUACAACGGCCUGGUGACGGAGAACACGACGGAGGCGCAGCUGGUGGCCCUGGUGACGGUCACGGGCAACCGUCUGAACGAGCCGGUGUUCUACCGCCUGCUCAACCCCCGGGGCCUGUUCGAGGUGGGCCGCACCUCGGGCGCCCUGCGCAGCCGCGCCGCCGCGCCCCUCGACCGCGAGGAGCGCGAGCGGCACGAGCUGGUGGUGGAGGCGCGCGACGAGCGCUCGCCGCCGCGCGUCGCCCGCGCCGUCGUGCGCGUCCGCGUCCUCGACGUCAACGACAACGCCCCCGCGUUCGUGGGGCUGCCGUACUACGCGGCGGUGCGGGUGGACGCCGAGCCGGGGGCGGCGGUGCGGCGGGUGACCGCCGUCGACGGGGACGCGGGCCCCAACGGCGAGGUGCGGUACGCCCUGCGCGACGACUUCGGGCGCUUCGACGUCGACGAGGUGACCGGGGACGUCCGGCUGAGGGAGGCGUUCUCGCCCGAAGGGUCCCACGAGGAGGAGUUCGCCCUCGUCGUGCGCGCGCAAGACGGGGGCAGCCCUCCCCUGUGGACGGACGUCGAGGUGGCCGUGCGCGUCGCGAACGAGGCGAUGCCGACGUUCGAGAGGCCGUUCUACCGCGUGAGCGUGUCGGAGAGCGCCCCGCCCCGCACGCCGCUGCUCGGCGUGCAGGCCAGCAGCCCCGACGGCUUCCGCCUCGUCUACUGCAUAACCGACGGCGACCGGCUGGGCCACUUCUCCGUGGACUUCGAUACCGGCGUCCUGAGCACGGCGGAGCCGCUGGACUACGAGACGCGGCCCGCCUACCGGCUGGCGGUGCGUGCCACCGACUCGCUGACGGGCGCCCACGCCGACGCGACGGUGGACGUGCUGGUGGAGGACGCGAACGACAACGCGCCCGCUUUCGCGCUCGACUCGUACGAGGUCGUGCUGUCCGAGGCGACGCCCGUCGGCACGCUGGCGUUCACCGUCUCCGCGGCCGACGCCGACUCGGGCACCAACCGGGUCGUCUCGUACCAGAUCGUGGACGACCCCGACCGUGCCACGGAAUACUUCCACGUGGACCCAAGCGGCGGCGCGGUGCUCACGUCGCGCCAGCUGGACCGCGAGCUCGUGGCGGAGCUGCGCUUCGCGGUGCGGGCCGUGGACGGCGGCGUCCCCGCGCUCGCCGUCGACGUCCCCGUCACGGUCGCCGUCGCCGACUUCAACGACAACGCCCCGGCGUUCGCGCGGGGCCUGUACGAGGCGACGGUCGGCGAGCUGGUGCCGCGCGGCCACCCGGUUACGCGCGUGCUCGCCCUGGACGCCGACGCCUCCGACGGGGAGCGCCUCGCCUACGGCAUCCUCUCGGGGAACGAGCUCGGCUGCUUCGCCGUCGACGCCCGCUCCGGCGUCAUCUCCGUGUCGGCGCCUGGCAAGCUGCGAGCGGACGCCGUCCACGUCCUGAACGUGACCGCGUCGGACGGAGUCCACGCGGCCGCGGUCCGCGUGCGCGUCGCCGUCGCGGGCGAGAACCUGCACGGGCCCGUCUUCGAGCGGCACGCGUACGAGGUGGAGCUGGCGGAAAACUCUCCGGUCGGCACCGCGGUCGCCGUGGCGUCGGCCACCGACCGGGAUGCCGGCGACUACGGCAAGGUGAGCUACUCCAUCGUCAACGACUUCGCGGGGAGCAGGUUCAGCGUGGGGGCCGACGGCCUCGUCGUGACGACGGAGAGCCUCGACCGCGAGAACCUUCCGGAGAGGGUCAUCGAGAUCAACGUCAUGGCCGUGGACGGCGGCGGGCGGGUGGCCUUCUGCGUCGUCAAGGUGAUCCUCACCGACGUCAACGACAACGCUCCGCGCUUCCACGCCGCCGAGUACAAGGCCGCCGUCCCGGCCGAUGCGAGGGAGGGCACCUUCGUGGCCCAGGUCGUGGCGACGGACGCCGACGAGGGGAGCAACGCCGACGUGGCGUUCUCCAUCUACGGCGAGGACUCGGGCGGCGCGGAGGAGGCCCUGCGGAUCGACCCGGAGAGCGGUGCCAUCAGCUCUUCCGACAGCCUGGUGGGCCUGGAGGGGACCCGCCUCUCGUUCUUCGUGCUGGCGCAGGACGGCGGGCAGCCCUCGCUCCGCUCGCUCGUGCCGGUCUACGUGGAAGUGCUGCCCCCCGACGUCGCCAUCCCCCGCUUCGCCGAGUCCUACUACUCCUUCUCGGUGGCCGAGGACGCGGCGCCAGGCACCGAGCUGGAGGCCGUCGGGGUCGUGGGUCCCGAGCGCGUGGCCUACAGCCUCGUGUGGGCCGCGAGCGAUGGCGGCGGCGGCGACGGCGCCCCGUUUGGCGUCGACGCGGCCACGGGGCGUCUCAAGCUGGAGAGGCAGCUGGACCACGAGGCCGCCAGGUGGCUGCAGUUCAGCGUCGCCGCCUCUCGCUCGGACGGGGAGCACGACGCCGUCGCCGUGGUUCAGGUCAGCGUUCAGGUGAAGGACGUCAACGACAAUGCGCCGGCUUUCGAGUCGGCGGCGUACGAGGCGUUCGUCAUGGAGAACCUGCCAGCCGGGACUCGCGUGCUGCGCGUGCGCGCUCGCGACGCCGACUCGGGCCCCAACGGCCAGGUGUCCUACUCGCUGGGCGAGGCCGCGGGGCCCAUGGACGACGUGGCCGACACGUUCGCGCUCGACGCUCACACAGGCUGGCUCACCGCCCUGCGGCCCCUCGACUGUGAGGCGCAGGCCGAGUGGCGGCUGGAGGUGGUGGCGACGGACCGCGGGGAGCGCGUGCGCCUGUCGUCGCGCGCGCUCGUGUCGGUGCGGGUGGCGGACGUCAACGACAACCCGCCACGCUUCACCGCCGAGAUCUACCGCGGGUCGGCGCGCGAAGACGACGUCCCCGGGGAGGUGGUGGCCAUCCUGAGCACGAGCGACGCCGACUCGGAGCCGCAGAAUCGCCACGUCUCCUACUACAUCACCGACGGAGACCCCCUGGGCUACUUCGGCAUCGGCGUCGCGCAACGGCAGCAGCCGCACCAGCAGCAGCGUGAGGCGCAGCUGUUUGUGCGGCGGCCGCUGGACCGCGAGCGGCAGGACACGUUCCUGCUCAACGUGACGGCGACGGACGGUGCCUUCAGCAGCAGCGCCGUCGUGGAGGUGCGCGUGCAGGACGUCAACGACAACCGCCCACGGUGUCAGCAGGCCGUGUACACGGUGACGGUGCCGGAGGACGUGGCGGCGGGGCGAGCGCUGCUGCUGGUGCACGCGAGUGACGCCGACUCCGGGGAGAAUGCGCGUCUGCGCUACUCGCUGCACGGCGCCGGCGCAGAGCGCUUCCGCAUCGACCCCGACACCGGCGAGCUGCGCUCGCUGGCGCCGCUCGACCGCGAGGAGACGGCCGCCUACUCGCUCACCGCCCGCGCCACGGACGGAGGCGGCCUCUUCUGCCAGGCGAGCGUCCUCGUCCGGCUGGAGGACGUCAACGACAACGCCCCGGCGUUCACGACGCCGCUCUACUCCGUGAGCGUGUACGAGAGCACGGCCGUGGGCACGCUGCUCACGCGCGUGCAGGCCACCGACCCUGACCAAGGCCUCAACCGGAAGGUACAGUACUCGCUGGAGGAGCCCGGAGACCCCUACUUUAAGAUGGACGCCGACACGGGCAUGCUGAGCCUGGCGCGCCCGCUGGACCGCGAGCUGCGGCCGUCGCACCACGUUACGGUGGUGGCGCGGGACGGCGGCGCGCCGCGGGCGCUCUCCUCGAGCGCGGCGGUCGUCGUCUCCGUGCUCGACGUCAACGACAGCCCCCCCACCUUCGAGUUCUCCGAGUACUCGGGCACCGUCCCCGAGGACGCUCCCGCGGGCACCGAGGUGGCGGCCGUGCUCGCCGUGAGCCGCGACGCCGGCACCAACGCCGACAUCGCCUACGCCAUCGUGGGCGGCAACGAGCACGGCCGCUUCUCCAUCGACCCCCACAGCGGCAUCGUGGUGGUGGCGGAGGAGCUGGAUUACGAGGUGCAGAGGGAGCACUUCCUUACUGUGCAGGCAAGCGACGGCGGCACGCCCUCGCUCAGCGCCGUCACCACCGUCUCCAUUAACCUCACCGACGUGAACGACCACGCGCCGCAGUUCGGCCGCCGCGGCUACAGCGCCGUGCUGAGCGAGGACAUGCCGCCGGGGACUGCCGUGCUCACGGUGAUGGCCGAGGACCGCGACGGCCCCGCCAACAACCGUGUGGUGUACUCGGUGUCGGGGGGGGACCCGGGGGGACACUUCGCGCUGGAGCCCGCCUCGGGGCGGCUCUCCGUCGUCAAGCCGCUCGACCGGGAGACGGUGUCCGGAUUCGCCCUGACGGUGCGCGCCACCGACAGCGGCACCCCUGCCAAGUUUUCCGAGGUGACGGUCAACGUGGACGUCUCGGACGUGAACGACAAUGCGCCCGUCUUCGCGCAGUCCAACUACAGCAUCGUGGUGCAGGAGAAUCGGCCGGCGGACUCGAGCGUGCUUCAGCUGCUGGUGACCGACCUGGACUCGUCGUACAACGGGCCGCCCUUCGCCUUCUCGCUGCUGCCCGGGGACCACGCCGGGGUCUUCUAUGUGGACGCCCAGGGGACGCUGCGCACAGCGGCGCCGCUGAGCCGCCAGGAGAAGGCCCACUACACGCUGCUCGUGCAGGCAGCGGACAGCGGGCGCCCCGCGCUGUCGUCGCGGGCGGGCGUGGAGGUGCGCGUGAUCCCGGAGAGCGUGAGCGUGCCGUCGGUCGUGCCGCUCGAGGUGCUCAUCGUGGCGGCCGAGGAGGCGGGCGGCUUCGCCGGCGGCGUCCUCGGCAAGAUCCACGCCACCGACCUGGACGUGUGGGACGCGCUGCGAUAUUCGCUGGCCGAGGAGCAGCCGCCCUUCGCCGUCGGGCCGCUGGACGGGAAGCUGGUGGCGCGCGCGCCGCUCGCGCCCGGGCGCUACCGCCUGCACGUGGCGGUGAGCGACGGGCGCUUCUCGGUGCCCACGGAGGUGAGCAUCCGCGUGGAGGCCGUGUCGGACGCGGCGCUGCGCCACGCCGCCCUCCUCCGCUUCCGCGCCGUCUCGCCGGAGGAGUUCGUCGCGGGCUACGCGCACAACUUCCAGCGCGCCCUGCCGCCGCUGCUGGGCGCGCGGCACGCCGACGUGCGCCUGCUGAGCCUUCAGCCCGACCCGCAGGGCGACCUGGACGUGCUGUUCGUGGUGGAGCGACCAGCCGGCGGGGGCCUCCUCCCACAGGCCCAGCUGCUGCAGCAGCUCAACGGCUCGCUGGAGGAGCUGGGCGACGCCGUGGGGCUGCGGGCCACGUCGCCGCCGGCGCUCGCCUGCGACGGCUGCGCGGCGCCACUCUGCCGCGAGUCGGUGGCGCUGGACGCGGGCGGCGCCGUGCACACCUACAGCACCGCGCGGCUCAGCCUGGUCACCCCGCGGCACCACCGCACGGCACACUGCGCCUGCACCGGAGCCGCGUGCGAGAAUCCCCCACACAAGACCCGCGACGGCGGCGCGGCGCCGUGCGACGCGGCGCCCUGCGGCGAGGGCGAGCGGUGCGAGGACGCGGCACUGCCCGGCGGCUUCCGCUGCACCUGCCUCCCCGGCCGCUCCUGCCAGGACGAGUCGGCGUUGACGUUCAGGGGCAGCUCGUACGUGCGCUACGCGCUGCGCGACGCCAGCGCCGACGCGCUGCAGCUGUCGCUGCGGCUGCGCACGCACCACCACCACGGCGUGAUUUUGUACGCGCGCGGCACCGACUACGCCGUCCUCGAGCUUGUGGACCGCAUGCUGCAGUUCCAGUUUGACUGCGGGAGCGGUCCCGGCGUGGUGUCGGUGCGCGUGCCGGUGAGCGAUGGCCACUGGCACUCGGUGUCGCUGGAGGUGACGGGGAACCAGGCGCGGCUCGUCGUCGACGCGAAGCAUGAGGCGCGUGGCACGGCCGCUGGGACGCUGCGCUCUCUCAACCUCGACGCCUCGCUCUACCUGGGAGCGCGGGUCCGAGCGCCGAUGUCGAAAGUGGGCGUGAGCGGCUCCGUUCCGGCGGCGGCGGAGGCCGGCUUCCACGGCUGCCUGGACGCCGUGGUCUUAAACGGGCAGCGGCUGCCCCCGGAAGGCGAGGGGUCGCAGGCGCGCGUCGAGGAGGUGCGCGCCGUGAGCCGCGGCUGCCUCGUGUCGCCGGAGAACGCCUGCGCGGCCAUCCCCUGCCUCAACGGCGGAGCCUGCGUGCCCACGCCACACAACGGUGGCUUCCAUUGCCGCUGUGCGGGCCGCUUUGCGGGCGCGCGCUGCGAGGUGGACACGGAGCCGUGCCGCUCGGACCCGUGCCAGCACGGCGGGGCCUGCAUCGCCGCCGCCGGCGGCUUCCUCUGCCGAUGUCGCAGCCUCUACUCGGGCUUGAGGUGCGAGCACCCCGCGGACCUCUGCGCGAGCGGCCCGUGCGAGAACGGCGGCGCCUGCCGCAGCGUCGGCGCCGCCUUCAACUGCAGCUGCGCCGCGGGCUACAGCGGCGACUCGUGCCAGCUCGCGCUGCCCAGCGUCUACCCCACCGUGAGCGUGGGCUGGCAGGAGAUGCUGGGCCUGGGCUCGCUGGCGCUGCUGGCGCUGCUGAUCGUCGCGCUCGUCGUCGCGGCGCGCAAGCGCCUGUGCCGCCGCCGCCGCCGCUCGCCGACGGGCGAGCGCAAGGAGGAGCCGCCCCCCGUGCCCGUGCGGCCCAUCUCCUACACGCCCAGCGUGCCCAGCGACUCGCGCAACAACCUCGACCGCGGGUCGUACGAGGGCGGCGCCGACUACCCCUCCGAGUUCUCGACCUUCAACCCGGACUCGGCGGGGCGGGCACGCCGCGGAGUCGCCGUGUGCAGCGUCGCGCCCAACCUGCCCCCACCGCCGCCUUCCAACUCCGCGUCCGACUGCGACUCCAUCCAGAAGAGCGUGUGGGAGUUCGAAUGCGAGGGCAAGCUUGUGGACGGGGAGCUGUGCCUGGGCAAGGAGAAGCUGGGCUCCUCCUGCUACCCGGCCUACCCGUGCCCCACGCUGCCCGAGGGCCCCUCGCUCGCCUCGCUGCACUCCGACACGUGCGACGAUAACGCUGCCGUCUGGAUUAAAUCUUCCCACAAAUCUCACAGGGUGAAAUCUUCAGCGCCUCUGUCGGGCUAAAUGCUCGAGCCUCUCCCCCCAUCUCGUGACGGUGAGCCCCUUCGCCACUCCCAGAUUGCACCGAGCCUGGCACCGAGGGAGAGGCCUCCACCACCACCACCACCACCUCUCGUGGUGCGGAAUGAGCUACGAUUCCUCGCAGUGAGG